AUGCUGCCCGAUGCCGGCUCCCCCUGGCUGCUGCGGCUGCUCCGGGACAUCCAACUGGCCCAGUUCUACAGGCCCAUCCUGGAGGAGCUUAAUGUCACUCGCCCAGAGCACUUCGACUUCGUAAGGCCCGAGGAUCUGGAUGGCAUUGGCAUGGGCCGGCCUGCCCAGCGCAGGUUGGCUGAAGCUCUCAAGAGGCACCGCUCAGGGCUGAAGUCCAAGAACUGGGUCUACAAGAUCCUUGGGGGCUUUAACCCUGAGCACAAGGAGACCACCCCAGCGGCUGACAGCCCAGCCCGCCUCCCCGAGGCCGAAGCGGGACUCAAGUGUCUGAUCCCAGAGGGGGCUGUGUGCAGAGGGGAGCUCCUGGGCUCCGGCUGCUUUGGCGUGGUGCACCGGGGGGUGUGGACGCUGCCCAGCGGCCAGAGUGUCUCAGUGGCUAUCAAGUCCCUCCGGGUGGGUCCUGAAGGUCCCGUGGGCACCGAGCUGGGGGACUUCCUGCGAGAGGUGUCCGUCAUGAUGAACCUGGAGCACCCACACGUGCUGCGUCUGCACGGCCUGGUCCUGGGCCAGCCCCUGCAGAUGGUGAUGGAGCUGGCGCCCCUGGGCUCCCUGCACGCGCGCCUGACGGCCCCGGCCCCGACCCCCUUGCUGCCCGUGGCCCUGCUCUGCCUCUUCCUGCGGCAGCUGGCAGCGGCCAUGACGUACUUGGGGGCCUGCGGGCUGGUGCACCGGGACCUCGCCACGCGCAACCUGCUUCUGGCUUCGCCGCGUACCAUCAAGGUGGCCGACUUCGGGCUGGUGCGGCCGCUGCGCGGUCCCCGGGGCCGCUACGUCAUGGGCGGGCCCCGCCCCAUCCCCUACGCCUGGUGUGCCCCAGAGAGCCUGCGCCAGGGAGCCUUCUCGUCUGCCUCGGACGUGUGGAUGUUUGGGGUGACGCUGUGGGAGAUGUUCUCUGGCGGCGAGGAGCCCUGGGCGGGGGUGCCACCAUACCUCAUCCUGCAGCGGCUGGAGAAGGAACGCGCCCGGCUGCCCAGGCCUCCGCUCUGCUCCAGGGCGCUCUAUGCCCUGGCCUUGCGCUGCUGGGCCCCCCACCCAGCUGACCGGCCUAGCUUUUCCCAUCUGGAGGGGCUGCUCCAAGAGGCCUGGCCUUCUGAGGGACACUGUAUAAGGGAUGUCACAGAGCCAGGUGCCCUGCGGAUGGAGCCGGGUGACCCCGUCACGAUCAUCGAGGGCAGGUCCUCUUCCCACAGCCCGGACUCCGCCACCUGGAAGGGCCAGAACGGACGCACCUGCAAAGUGGGCAGCUUCCCAGCCUCGGCAGUGGCACUGGCAGAUGUGGGGGGCCAGCCAGCCCCCUACCCAGUCCACAGAGGCCCCCCUGCCCGGGGAGAGCGCCGCCGGGGAGUCACAGACGGGGACAGAGAGAAAGCAAAGCUCCGGGAUGUGCCCCCAGCCCGGGGCCAGAGAAGGAAUGAGCCCCUGCAGAGGAUGAAAGGCAUCUCCAAGAGUCUGGAGUCGGUUCUGUCCCUGGGUCCUUGCCCUACAGGGGGUGGUUCAAGCCCCCCUGAACUUCGACAUGCCAGAGCCGUGCCCCAGGGACUCCCAGUCCUGCCUCCACGCCCACCCAUUCCCUCCGGCUCUUCUCAGCCUAGCCAACCCCCCAGGGAGCGGCCUCCCUGGCCCAAAAGAGACCCUCCCCACAAUCACCGCACGGGAGGGCCUGGAGCCGGCAAAGCUGCUGUCCCCCCUGGAGGCCUCUUGCCCGACCAGGAGUUGCAGAGGAAGAUUUCAGAGGUGGAGCUGGGCGUUCAUGGGGUCACCUAUCAGGAGUGCCAGGCGGCUCUAAGAGCCACCGGCGGAGAUGUGGCCUCUGCCAUCCAGAGCCUCAAGGUGGACCAGCUGUUCCACAUGAGCAGCCGGUCGAGAGCUGACUGCCGGCGCAUCCUGGAGCACUACCAGUGGGACCUGUCAGCUGCCAGCCGCUAUGUCCUGGCCCGGUCCUGAGCUCUGCUUCCUGGGGCGGGACAGCAGCAUGGGAGACCUGGACUUUCGGGGUUGGCUGUGCAGGAGCCAGCAGAACCACACGAGGUCCUCACAGGGGCAGAGUUCCCCACCUGCGGAGAGCAGGUGCAGGAGGCACCCAAGGGAGCCCAGGGUUGGGCACGGAGUGGUAUCUCUUCCCUACCCUGCCCAUGGCCUCUGAAGGCUCAGGGUCCCUUGGCUGGGCCAAGGAAGUGUGCUCUGCUCGCCACAUUCCCAGAGAGGAGGAGGACUUGAAGAAAAAGAACUGCACAUCAGACCCAGGGGAGACCGUUCCCCUUCAGAGAACGACCGAGUGGCUGUCCGGAGCCGCCCUGAGCUACCUCACUGACUCUGGGGGCGGCCACCUGGGAUGGUGGAAGCGGCCAUCGGGACUUGGGGCCCCAGUUGCCCAGGUUUGGUCCAGCACCAUCGUGGACACAAGGGCAUUCGAUCCUGGCAGCAGGGACCAUGAGAGCACCAGCCCCUGCCCCAGCCCACUAGUUCACAGUUCCCUUUGCUCUACCUCCCAUCAGCUCUUCUCCCCUCCCCCAUCACAUACAUCUUCCAAUGUCCAAAAAGUUAC